AUGGCACAAAAACAAUUAUCCUUCCUACCGGCGGACCUCAUGGAGUGCCAACUGUCUACUGUCGACCUCCUUACGGCCAUGUUCCCGUCGUCAGGAGAGCUUGACAUUCCAGAAUCCACAACUCAAUGCAUUGAAAAACUCCGAGACUGGUGCCAAGAUCCAGCCUCAGAGCUCUCUGGAAUACCAUCAAGUCUGUUGCUCGCUGUAUGUUUACCAAUCGCAGAUGGUGAGAAAGCGAUCCAAGUCAACGUAUCAAUUCCAUUGCAAUGCGAGAAUCCAGCAAUUGACCAGCCACCGUCAUUAAAUUACUCGCUACGACAACCGGAAUGGAUGUCCAAAGCCGAGGUAGCUGGGUUAGUUGCCGCAAUGCCUCAGGAUGACCUGUUUGGCGCAUUUGAAUACAUCCAAGAAGAAGCCUCGCAAUUUCUUGAAAGACAAACCCAGCAGGCCUUGUCUGCUGAAACCGAGGCCAUAAUUAGUUGCGGACCAAUCGUGAGAGUAUGGUUUUAUUUCCCAUCCCUGUCGACUCGCGAAAAAAGGGACGAUAUGGUCAACAACGCACCGGGCUAUUCUCUCACAGGCUUCGUGUUGGCGGGAAAACCAGGCAUGUUGUGUCUCGAGGGUGCAUCGACUGAUAUUGAUGCUUAUAUGAGCUUUAUCAAGACACACUCAUGGGGGGAUAUCCCUAGUCAUCAGAAAAAGGUCAGCGAGAGAUUUCGCGAGACUGAUGUUCAGAGGGUGUUCUCGAGGAUGGAGGAGAUCACGGAUUCGCUGGGCGAACGGGGUGGAAAGAGAGCCAACAGGGGUGAUAUGCAGGCCUUGGAGGCGUGGUUGCAGGAUAGAGGGUUGCAGGAAGCAUUUGAGAAUGUGAUAUUUUAA